AUGUCAGAAUAUACAGGAACAACUCAUGAUAGUCGACGACCAUCUCAAUCGGAAUCAGUAUCGAUUAGCCAGCAAGACCAGCAAUCAUUGAAAGCAAGUCGUCAUCCGAGUAUAUCAAAUAGUAGCAGUGGAAAAGAUCAAACUGUUGCUGCAACAUCGAUAUCGUACGAUGACCGAUCCAAAUAUCGUUCGCCACUGGUUUCGCGUUAUGCAUCAGCGGAAAUGAGUUUUAAUUUCAGUGAAGUGAAGAAAUUUUCGACAUGGAGACGUCUUUGGUUUUGGUUAGCGAAAUGUCAAAAGCAAUUAGGCUUGGAUAUUACUGACGAGCAAUUAGAUGAAAUGGAAAAGAAUUUAACAAAUAUUGAUUUUGAUACAGCUGAAGCGGAAGAACGCCGUCGUCGACAUGAUGUCAUGGCUCAUGUGCACACAUUCGCACGUUGUUGCCCGAAAGCUUCGUCAAUUAUUCAUCUCGGUGCAACAUCAGCCUAUGUGGGCGACAAUGCUGAUUUGAUCGUUAUGAGAGAUGGAUUUGAAAUUUUGAUUAGUAAACUCGUUCGAUGUAUUCAACGAUUAACUCAAUUUGCACAAGACUAUGCUUGUCUACCAACGUUGGGUUAUACGCAUAUGCAACCGGCUCAGUUGACGACAGUCGGAAAACGCGCAUGUGUUUGGAUUCAAGAUUUAUUGAUGGACUUGAAAAAUUUUGAACGAGUAAAACGCCAAUUGAAAUUCCGUGGUGUCAAGGGUACGACCGGCACCCAAGCGUCAUUUCUACAAUUGUUCAACGGUGAUCAUUCGAAAGUUGAGGAAUUGGAUCGAAUGGUAACGGAAAUGGCCGGAUUUUCCAAAGCUUUUAUCAUUUGCGGUCAAACAUAUACGCGUAAACUUGAUGUUGAAGUCAUGACUGUUCUUGCCAGUUUCGGUGCUACAAUUCAUAAAAUGUGCACUGACAUCCGUUUAUUAGCAAGUUUGAAAGAAAUUGAAGAGCCAUUCGAAAUCGAACAAAUUGGUAGGAGUAGCUAUUUAUUUGAAAAUUCAUAUUCUUUACAAAAAUCCACCACAGGCUCGAGUGCAAUGCCUUACAAACGUAAUCCAAUGAGAUGUGAACGAUGCUGUGCCAUGGCACGUCAUUUAAUGACCUUAAUUAAUGAUCCACUCGGAACACACUCCGUUCAAUGGAUGGAACGAACAUUAGAUGAUAGUGCGAACAAACGUAUUUGUAUCCCGGAAGCCUUUUUAACUACUGAUAUUAUCCUUUUUACUUUGCUGAACAUUACUGAAGGUCUCGUCGUUUAUCCAAAAGUUAUUGAUAAACAUAUCAAGCAGGAAUUACCUUUUAUGGCAACAGAAAAUAUUAUUAUGGCUAUGGUGUCGGCUGGUGGUAAUCGUCAAGAAUGUCAUGAAAAGAUUCGUACAUUAUCUCAAAAAGCUGCUGAACGAGUGAAAAUGGAUGGUUUAGAUAAUGAUCUUGUCGAACGUGUCAAAGCAGAUCCUUACUUUGCGCCCAUUGUCGGCAAAUUGGAUGUUCUUCUAGAUGCAAAAACAUUUAUCGGACGAGCACCUGAACAAGUCUACGAAUUUAUUUCCCGUGAAGUCGAACCGGUACUGAAUAACUUCGCAUUGGUCAUUGCAUCGAAUUCGUCGAAACUGGCUGAAUUAGCUGUCUAA